AUGAAGUUUGGAAACUUGAAUCAGCUUCAAAUAUUACCACUUAUGACCAGGAGAAGAUCAAAUUCAAGAAGUCUAACUUCAAUCUUACCCAAUUCAAUCAAGUCAAGAAUCAGAUCCCAGUUCAGUCAAGUGCUUGAGGCUCAAAAGCAUUCAAAUUUUCGUUUUAACUCAAGCUUAAAUGCUAAUUUUCACUUAUUAAGGUCUGAUACAAGUUUAAAUCCGAGUUUGAUCGCCAAUUUAUCCGAAGCUAAACCAUCCAACUCAACUCGUACCACCAGCAAAACAACAACAGCCACAAUCAGAAAGAUCUCAACCAACUCAUCAGGGACUUCAAGCAAUAAAUCAUCCAACAUAUCAAUCAUUAAUAAUCAAAAAGACCUUUCAUUAACUAUCAAUUCAGAAUUAGAUCAAAUCCAUAAUUUAACAUUGUCUUAUGUUUGGUUAAGAGAUGCUUGUCAAUCUGAUUCAUCUAUACACCCACAAACUCGUCAAAAAUUAUUCAAAUCAUCGGAUAUUCCAACUUAUAUCUAUCCAAUUCAAACUUCAAUUUCAUUUAAUCCCAAGUCAAAUCAAUCUCAACUUAUCAUCAAAUGGAGUCAUCAUCUUUUAAAUCAAUCUGAUCAAUCUAAAUCUAAGCCUCAUCUCAGUAAAUUCGAUUUAUCAUUCUUGAAACUUAAAUCAAAUCAAUCUGAUUGGAUCAAUCAUCGACAUCAACAAAAUUAUUUAAAACCCAUCCUUUGGUCCAAUCAUCCAAACCGAUCAUCAAAAAUUGACCAAGACCAUCGUAUCCUUCAACUCCAAAACCAAUCAAAUCUAUUCAUCAACUUCAAGUCAAUCUCUGAAAAAAACCUGUUACAAUAUCAAUCACUGAAUAGAUUGAAUCAAGAUGGAUUAGUAUUUUUUGAUCAAAUUUCCGAUCAGGAUAAUACAACUCAUCCGGAUUUAUUGACUCGAUUAAUUGACAACUUUCAACUUGAAACUAGAAGGACGUUUUAUGGUGAUUAUUGGGAUGUGAAAUCUCAAGGUGAUCAAGCUACUAAUGUAGCUAAUACUAGUCUUACGUUAGAUCUUCAUAUGGACCUUGUCCAUUUUCAAAACCCACCUAGGUUUCAAUUUCUAUACUGUUUAAAGAACGAGGUAGAAGGAGGUCGAUCAACCUUUGUAGAUGGAUAUGCAGUAGCUGAAGCAUUAUUUCGUGAAAAUCCAGCAUACUUUCAUACACUAGCUACACGUUACAUCCCAUUCGAAUAUAUAAACGCAGGACAUCAUACAUAUUAUAGUCAUCCAACGAUCGAACUUCAUCCAGGAAUCUCGAUUGAAAAAUUCAUGAAGACCAAAACCGAAUGUAUUUCAGAUUCAUUAAGAGCAGUUAAUUAUGCACCACCAUUUCAAGGUCCAUUAGAAAACUUAGGACCUAAUGGUGAACUUUAUAAUUCCAAAGAUGAAAGAUUACUUUUAAAUGCGCUGAAAGUUUUUGAUCAGAUUUGUAAUCAAGAUCGAUUUAGGUUUGAGAUCUUACUUAAACCUGGUCAAUGUGUUGGAUUUGAUAAUCGUAGAAUUCUUCAUGCUAGAACUGCUUUUAAAGCUAAGAAGGAUCAAUGUAAUCAUGAGGUUAUGAGUUUUGGGUCUGAUGAUGUAAAACGUUGGUUAAGAGGAUGUUAUGUUGAUGGUGAUUCAGUGUGGGAUAGAAUUAGAGUUUUAAGUCAAGAAUUUGGUCCACCCAAUCAGUUUUAA